AUGACUAUCCCUACACUUACAGGCGAUCCUGAUAUCGACUCUUUAUUGGGUCUCAUCCACUCCGCGACGCGCAUUGCAGUUGCGGAAUACCGCAAGAGUGGAUACGGUGUACCAUCACCCAACGAUUCUAAUCCUCAUCCUCUGGAUACGGCUUCGGAUGUUCUGGCUUUGAAGAAAGCGGUUAGAGUUCUGGAGGGGGCUUGCGAGCGUAUCUGUACGACAUUAGCGCAGCCAAUGCAUACUGUUGCGAAUCGAAGUAUGGCAUACGAAGCGCCAUGCCUCCGGCUCGCCGCCGAGCAAGGGGUCGCUGACAUAUUGGAAGGCUACCCUCAAGGUCUGCAUAUCGAUAGGAUCGCGGCAAAAACCAAACUCGAUGCAAGUAAACUACGACAAGUUUUACGUUUACUCGCCACACGAGGAUGUUUCAAAGAAGUGGAUGAGAACGUUUUUGCGAACAACCGCCUGUCGUGUACACUUCUCUCGUCGAACCCCGUUUCUGCGACUGUCUUGUUAACCACCGGGGAGUGUCUGAGAGCAGUCAAUGCGCUCCCUGAGGCGUUGGUGGACCCUGAUUAUGCGUACAGUGGUGCAGUUAAUAAAACUGCGUUUACGUAUUCGGUUAGAGGAGACAUGGAGAAUGCUGCGUUGUUUGACUGGUACAAGGCGAAUCGUUUUGACCGAGCUAUGAUGGGGUGGAGUAUGAUAACGGGAUCUAUUGCGAUGGUGAACAAUUUCCCUUGGGAAAAGAUGGCUCCCGGUACGACCUUAUGUGAUAUUGGGUCUGGCGUCGGGACGAUUCCACUGUCGAUUGCGAAAGCCCACGCGCAUGUACGGAUUACUCUACAAGAUCUACCUGAACCGCUGGAGCAGGCCAAAUAUGUAUGGUCAAGGGAAUUCCCCGGAGGCUUAGAUAACGAACGAGUCCAGUUUGUUCCUCUGGAUUUCUUGAAGGGCAUGCCAGUUGUAGGCCAAGAUAUAUACUAUAUGAAGCACGUUCUCCACGAUUGGCCUGAUUCAGAGGCUAUCACAAUCAUCGAUCACAUAGCAAGCGCUAUGACACUGCAAAGCCGUCUCCUUAUUCAUGACUUUGUUUUGAAGCAUAUGCACUCUGAAAGUAAACACCCGGAGUCUAGUCAUAUACGGAUCGAACGGGCACCCUAUCCUCUGCUACCGAAUUACGGUACGGGAAACAUCCGGAAUUACACCCAAGACGUCAAUAUGCUUGCUGUGUUCAACAGUAGGGAAAGGACGUGUGAGGAGUAUUCAGCGUUGGGCGCGGCAGCUGGUCUUGAGCUGGUGAAGGUUUGGGAUUUUGCGGAGACAUACAUGCUUGAAUUUAGGCUUAACGCCAAAGUGAUCGCCAGUGCUGUAGUUCCACGUAGUAAUGUACGAAUUUGA